UAUCUUCCCCUGCCAAAUUCCAGGUAGCGCCACUUAACCCGGUCCAUCAGCUUCCACUAUACAUUCUAAGAUAAGCAUUAACAAAAACUGGACGCGAUAAACAUGGAAUCAAAGUUUGGAUCAUUAACACUGCCCGAAUUAAGGGCAGAAUUAAAAAAACGGGGUGCACGAACAGUUGGACGUAAAAAUGAACUUGUUGAAAGGCUUAUAUCAUACGAAAGAAAUCAGAACUUUGGUAAAAUAGAGACUUUGGAACCGGAAUAUCACAUGAAGUUACCAGAUGCCACUACAUACUCUGAUGUAAACUCGGACUCUAAAUUUCCCAAAACAGAUCUCGGAAAGGUGCAAUCGUAUCUGGCCCCGCUUGAUAAGAAUCUGGAUGAACAUGUGCAGAGGUUGUAUAAUGAACAGUUUUUAAGGUACUUCCGGAUGUCACGCAGAGAAACAUGUGUUUUCAUUAAAUCAAGCUGUCACGCAGAAAUGAAGAAAGGUGUGUCCUACACAGUUGAUAUUGAGCUCGGCUUAGAUGGGUCUAUUACAGAGGCACAGUGUGAAUGUGCUGCAGGAAUGGGACCACAAGCUCACUGCAAACAUGUUAACACGGUGCUAUAUGGUGCAGUUAUGUUUUGCAAGAAAAUGACAGUAAAGACGGAAGAAUCGUGCACUCAAAAAUUGCAGAGUUUUCACAAAUGCAAAAAAUUCAUUGGAAGCCCCAUAAAAGCAAAUGCCUUAGAUAUGCCUGGAGCUGCCGAGUUGACAAACAUUGACUUUGAUCCCCGACCAGAAGAAUUUAGAAAUGCUGCCAACUAUCAAGAUCAUUUUAGAAAUGUUUGCUUAAACUUUCCAGGUAUUUCGGAAAUGCCAAUAUUUCAAACAUUUGAACCUGCAAAUACUAAGGCAGACUAUUUGCAGACACAACAUUUUUUCUGCUAUAUAACAAUUACAUUAAUAUAUUUUAUACAAGUGAUAUUUUGA